AGUGGCCGGGCUAAUGGCAUAGUAGUCAGAGAGAAUGCCAAGGAUAAAGACAGGAGAGAUCCGGAUAAAUGUUAUAACAAGCCAAAGUCAAAGGACUCCAGAGAUCAGGAGAUUUGCGCAACAGGACACAAGGUACGCGUUCUUGGGCUACCAGAACCACAACAGGGCAACAUAAAGCAGAAGAGGUAAGUAUAUAUAGGCAGUACUUACUUUCUAUUGGCCCACAUCAUAGCUGAAUUUAGUAUAAUUCGUGGGUGAUAGAAAAGUUAGACUGAUUAACAUCAUCUUUGUGCACCGAUUUCAGUCCUCGAUUUCACCAGUCGGAUCCAAAUUCAUAUUGGCAAAUUCGCCAUUCAGAACCUAAUUUGGCUCACCAUAUCCUUAUAGCAGGCACGCUUUCAGUGUCACAGAGUACGCUGGGGGAUUCAGGUGCAAG